AUGAACGCAGAUUUCAACCACAUCACAUACUUCCUGAAAUUGAUCCCUGUGGAGCAAAUCUCGCUUUUCGGAGGUACAUCGCGUAGCUAUGAAUACAGCGUCACGGAGUACACGCAGCUGCUCGAUAAGCCAUCUUACUUCAGUCGUACAUCGCCUGGCGUGUAUUUUAAGUACCAAAUCACACCGAUUCGCUUGACAAAACGGGAAAGUCGAAUUGGGUUCUUGCAGUAUUAUACGACGCUGUGCUCGAUUGUUGGAGGCGUGAUAACGAUUUCUGGAAUUAUUCAGUCCCUUCUGACGCAUACUGUGUUUCCGACAAAGUUGGAUUAGUUUUGGUUUGUUUUUAUAU